AUGUACCUGGUCAUCAUUCUUGGGAACCUGCUCAUCAUCCUGGCUGUAAACUCUGACACCCACCUCCACACACCCAUGUACUUCUUCCUUGCCAACCUAUCGUUUGUGGACAUCUGCUUCACCUCCACCACCGUCCCCAAGAUGCUGGUGAAUAUACAAACACAGAGAAAAGCAAUAACUUAUGAAAGCUGCAUCACACAGAUAUACUUUUUCACACUCUUUGUAGGUUUAGACAACUUUCUUUUGACAGUGAUGGCCUAUGACCGCUUUGUGGCCAUCUGUCAGCCACUGUACUACAUGGUCACCAUGAACCCCCGAUUCUGUGGACUGCUGGUUCUGGUGUCCUGGAUGGUGAUUGUCUCCCUAUUUUACUGUACUGGUCUGGGAGUGUACCUCAGCUCUGCUGCUACCCAGAGCUCACACUCAAGUGCAACAGCAUCAGUGAUGUACACGGUGGUCACGCCCAUGCUGAACCCCUUCAUCUACAGCCUGAGGAACAGAGACAUAAAAGAGGCUCUAAAUGAAUUUUUCAGAGGGAGGCCAUUAAAGGGCCAUUUUUCAAGAAGUACCUGUGAUUGCUGGCUUAAUGCUUAA